AUGGCGCCUGCAGGAGACAGUCUCGCUGAGCCCAUAACGGUGGCCGGUCUCCGAGCUGAAGUCCUUGACGAGAAACGAGCUUCUAUCUCUGCCGAGAAGAGAGCCUCUAUCGCCACCGACCCUCGUCCAGCCACUGCAGAUGCGGGAGCUGUUGGCCCCGCUGGUGGUGUCACACCAGAUGGUCAGUUCCCAACUGCUGAGGAACUAGACACUUUGCGCCGAGUCCCGAACAAGAUUCCCAUAAAGCUGUUCAGUAUCGCAUUUAUUGAGUUGUGCGAGCGCUUCUCUUACUAUGGUUCGACAGUUGUUUUCACCAACUUCAUUCAGCAGAAGCUCCCCGAAGGCUCGACCACGGGUGCUGACCCUGAACAGCCUGGCGCUCUCGGUAUGGGUCAGCGCGCCUCGACCGGAAUUACCACGUUCAACCAGUUCUGGCAAUACUUUAUGCCCCUUCUCGGUGCCUAUAUUGCUGACCAGUACUGGGGCCGUUAUAAGACCAUUAGCUGGGCACUCGGAAUCGACAUUAUUGGCCACCUCAUCUUAAUCAUAUCCGCAAUCCCCCCUGUGAUCGAUAACCAAGGUGGUGCCCUUGGUGCCAUGAUCGUUGCUAUCAUAGUUAUCGGUUUUGGUACUGGCGGUUUCAAACCUAACGUCAAUCCUCUUAUUGUUGAGCAGCUCGGUGAGCAAUAUAUGCAUGUCAAGACUCUCAAAUCGGGCGAACGCGUUGUCGUCGACCCGGCUGUGACCAUCGAACGGGUUUACAUGUUCGGACAGGUUACUAUGGUCUUCGCCGAGAAAUAUGUCGGAUUUUGGUUGUCUUAUACGCUCCCAACCUUCAUGCUCUGUUUGUGUCCGCUCGUGAUGUGGUUAAAUCGCCACAAUUAUGAGCGGCGCCCCCCUGCAGGAUCUGUUCUUGCACCCGCUCUGAAGACUUGGUUUCUGGCCCAGGAGGGUUGCUGGAGCAUCAAUCCGUUUGCAACCUGGAAGAACCUUCACCGAGAUGACUUUUGGGAGAGAGUUAAGCCAUCAAACUUCAGCCAUGAAAACCGUCCCAAGUGGAUGACUUUUGACGACGCCUGGGUCGAUGAGCUCAGCCGAGGUUUCAAUGCAUGUGCUGUCUUCUGCUGGUACCCUAUUUUCUGGCUCUGCUAUAAUCAGAUCAACAAUAACCUCAUCUCUCAGGCGGCCGUCAUGGAACGUCAUGGCGUUCCCAAUGAUAUUCUUUCGAAUCUCAAUCCUUUCGCUCUUUUGAUCUUCAUCCCGCUUAAUGAUUUCUUCAUUUACCCUGCCCUCAGAAAGGCUGGUAUUCGCUUUACUCCCAUCAAGAAGAUCACAGCUGGCUUCUUCACUGGAGCUGCUGCUAUGAUCUGGGCUGCAGUUGUCCAGCACUACAUCUACCAGAAGUCCGAGUGCGGUAAGUAUGCUUCUGGCGAAGAUUGCACAGCCGUGGAAAUCAAUGUUUGGGCUCAAACCGGUAGUUAUGUUCUCAUUGCUCUCUCUGAGGUGUUUGCAUCUAUCACUUCUCUUGAGUAUGCUUUCUCAAAGGCUCCCAAGAACAUGCGGUCCAUGGUCCAGGCCGUGGCUCUUUUCAUGACAGCUUUCUCUGCUGCCCUCGGACAAGCUCUCGUUGGUCUUGCGGCCGAUCCUCUUCUUGUUUGGAACUACGGUGUCGUCGCAAUCCUCGCCGUCAUUGCAGGAACUUGCUUCUGGCUACAAUUCCGAAGCCUUGAUAUUCACGAAGAUGAUCUCAAUGCUCUCCCUGAGGGCCAUGCUGGUGCCACUGCUGAUGAGGAGGCUCCGUUGGGGAGCAAGCGAGUUGAUGAGUAA